CAAUUCAGCAUUAUCGCGAGAAAGAUAACAGCAUUAGCUAGUUAAUUAACGCAAUAAUUUUUUGCGCUACCUUUUAAAUUCUCUAAAUCGUGACAAUUUAUUUAUGCUUAUUUUUUUUAACUCCGCUAGCGAUAAGUCCCGCAUUAAUUUCUUACUAUAAAAACUGGCUUCUCCAGUAUGAAAUUUCAUAAACUGUAUUCAGAAUGUUCAGCAUGACAGUUUUUGCAGUGCUGUUUUGUUUUCUUUACAUACAUAUGUUUUUGCCUGUGAACAUAUGAUUUAUAUAAGUACGUAUAUUUGUUUGUUAUGUAGUUAGAAACUACGAAAAGUUUAUACGUACUUUGUUGUGAAAUAUUGAAGAAAGUGUGAGCAUUAAAGCCAAGGUUAAAAUCUAUAAUUACUAAAUUAAAUAUGGGAAAAGAAGAAGUUGCCCUUCCAGAUGAAGAAUUAGACUGGAUUCAGCUGCGUCGUGAUUUCGGCUCAUUCCAGGCCGAAACGACCAAAGAGAAAAUGAUACGCAAAAUAAAAGAAAACCCGGCUGUGCCAAUUGGUUGUUUGACUACCGCCGGCGCGUUAACCUAUGGGCUGUAUAACUUUCGCACCGGGAAUCGCCGUAUGUCUCAAAUAAUGAUGCGAACCCGCAUUGCUGCACAAGGGUUCACGGUACUCGCGUUAGUUAUCGGUGUCGUCAUGACGUAUGAUACCAAGCAAUAAAGUGACUCGGUUGGUCAAUCAGAAACAAGAAGUUUGGUUUAUCCGCAGUACACCACCAUUGUUAUAUGAAUUAUAUUUAUAUUUUAUAAUACGGAAGUCUAUACACAGCACAGAAUGCAAUACUAUAGAUUCAUUUAUAAUAGAUACUUCUAAUCCUUUGUUUAUAUUAAAGCAUGUGUGCAAAAGCUAAAAAGUUGGUAUGUGUGCAGUUUUCAUAUUAAACCAAAUAAAAUUAUAUUACACUGCUAUUUUUAAA